GCUGGGAUUUCCCGGGGAUGUGGCAGUAGGGGCGAUGGCAGCAGGGCUGCGAACUCCACGGGGAGCUGGAUGCUCAGGGGUUCAGGCACAGAUUGCUGGGGGGUGUUUGUGCCUUGCCGUGCCCCCGGAGCUGGUGGGGAGGUCCUGGAGGCCAUGCCAGGGUGCCAAGCUCCCAUCACUGGGAGCUGGGAUUCCCAGUGGAUACGGGGGAUACAGGGGCCACGGCCAGGGAAUUGCUCCUGCCUGCCCCUCGGGUGUUGGCUCUGCUCGGGGACCUGGGGAGCGAUGACUUCAUGGCCUUAUUAAGGACUAAUUUCCAUCCAGGCAGGGAAAAUAAACAAGUGGAGGUGUCGUUCAGCAUGGAAAGUUACUGGGGCUGUGGGGAGGCACUGCCUGCUUUCAUACACAGCCCGGAUUUCUGCCCUUACCUCCAGGCCGAUAAUCCCUAAAUCCCAAUGAGAUUAAGGCAGGAGGCAAGGUGGCCGCAGUGCCUCCUUACCACGUUUCCCACAUGACAAAACCCCGCGUCUGCCUAACCCCGAUUAACCCGGGCGCUGAGCUCAUCCCCCAGAAAUACCGGGAGCAGCGAGGGUGAAUGCCAGCCCCGGAGGCUGUGGGGAGGUGGGAGCCAUGGCCAGAGGCGGGGGCGAGGCAGGAGCUGCUGUUUCACCCCCGUUGUUGUUCCCAUCCCAGCAGAUCCGGAGAAGCCCGCGGCAGCCAUGGCGCUGGUGAAGAGCGGUUGGCUUUGGCGCCAGAGCUCCAUCCUGCGCCGCUGGAAGAGGAACUGGUUCGUGCUCUACCUGGACGGCAGCCUGGUUUACUACCACGACGAGACGCAGCGGGACAUGGACGGCCGGAUCCACAUCAAGUACAGCUGCCGGGACGUGCGGAUCGGCCGCGAGUGCAAAGCCGGCGCCGCCCUGGGCUCCUUCAUGUGGAUGCCCUGCUGGUUUUAGUGGCUGCCAAACGGAGCCACGGCCCCCCUUCCCUCCCCAGCCCUGCCUUGGACCCUGCCCUGAGCGCCCUCAGCCUUCCCAGAGGGACACACUCCCACACACGCCCUGCUCCCGGCCCCAGCUUCUGCAUUAAACAACCCCCACGUGCUUCAGAGCCCCCAAAAACCACUCCAGAACCCCACAGCACCCAAUUCCCAUCAGCAAAGGUUCCCUGGGCCAUUGGCAGAGCUUCCCCAGCCCAAAUCUCCACAGGGAGCUGGCUGCAGAAAUUCCGGGUUUGGGAGAAGGGGAAAGUUUAAUUCUUUUAAUUUAAAUGGGGGGAAGUGGCUGGAUCUUUUUUGGCUGGGUGAACCCCACAAUGCAGAGGCUUUUUAAGGGCAUUUUUGGCACCAGAGGGCACCACAGGGAUACUCAAGAGGUGGGUAAAAGAUGAGGGAGGAUGAAAACCUUUGCAGGAUUUCUACCCCUUUCCAACAUGCACAGGUCCCCUGGGCCCGGCCCAGUUGGAGAAAUGGUGCAAAACCCUCAGGAAUUGGAGUUCAACCCUUGGGAAUGAGGCAGAGAAGAGCCCAGGGAGUGGGAGGGACACCCAGCAUCCUCAGUUUCACCCUGAUUUUUGGGAUGAGCAGAAGAGCAGCUCUCCAUGGGGACCAGGGAGCCUUUCUGGCAGCCAAGCCGGGAUCUUGACAGCAGGGAUUUGGGAUUGAGGGGACACAGCAGGGACAAAGCCCUGGUCGGGCCAGGGGACAAGCAGCAGCUCAGGGUUUUGGUUGGGCGAUGGAAGAGGUGAGGAACAGCUGCCCAGUGUCACCCCUAGAGCCAGGAUGGGAUCAUCCUGGAACCACGACUGACAGUGAGUUUAGGAAUUACAGCCCCACAGCUGGAUGGAAAACCACCAGUGACACCAGCACCCCAGCCUGCUCCUGCCUUUAGGUCAGUUCCUGUGCCCAUCAGGGGAUUGGGAUAUCCCACACACCAUCCUCAUCCUCUCCUGCAUUCCCUGCCUCCCUCCUGCUGCGCACCCACUCCCAAAAAGGGGAAAAAAUACAAAAAAACCUCUUUGAAUUCUAAUAAAGGCACUGAAAAACCA